AUCGACACCACUCCCGAGAUUCGUAACACCUGAGGGUCACUAUGAGUACAUAAAGAUGCCAUAAGAAUUAGGCAAUGCACAGGUUGUAUAUCAACGAAUUAUAUCAAAUACGUUACGAUUUUACAUAGAUCCAGGCAGAGCCCUUGUGUGUUGUAAUUGUGUAUAUGACGUAUUAUUACCUAGUAAAACAAUAGAAGAGGGUUUAGGUACAUUACAUGAUGUGUCAGAGAUGGGGGUAAGGGUAAGGGUUCAGGCAGGCUUUUUCAUUAAUUAAAAAAAAAAUGUAACUUUCAGACUACGGAGAUCGAGUAUCUAUGCCGAGUCAUUAGCAAUGGUCAAGAUAUGAAGACAUCGUGCUUUGCGAGGUUGACUCGCAAGGGUGUGCAUUUCAAUGGCGGCGAUUUUGCAUUUGUGCCAAGCUGUUGGUAAGCUAGACUCCUGUAUGCGCGGACCAUAUGUGGUUUUAGCGACGUUGUCGCAGGACAGAUAUGAACUAAAAUUAGUCGCUGGUUCUUAUGGUAAAGCUGCCGCGGAAUACAUGUUGCCCUGGCGCGGGGAAUGGACCCCUGAUGUGUGUGCCGCAUUCUUUGAGAGUGGCGCUGAUGAUGACGAUAGUCCUUCACCACAACCACCGCACGUGAUACAAGAGUCAUCAGCAGGUCAAGUUUCAACAUGCCAACCUGCCUAUCAUCACACGGGCGAGGACGCACCGCCGUCAGGAGAGGCCGAAUAAGCUGUAAAAAGUCAAGUGACGUGUAGCAGUGGGGUA